AUGCCGAAAGCGACGAAGAAAAAGAAGGAGAAAGCGGCCGACUUUCACAAAGCGAAACUGAAGCUAGGGAAGGGCAAGCAGCAGCCGUCAAAUGUGAUAGACACCUCCUUCAAGGCACGCUCCAUCAAUCUACCGAAUCAGAGUAUCGCCUCUGACCGAGACGCUGGUCCAAGCACCAAGCGUAAACUGACCUUCGACGACCUGAUCAUUCAUCUGAAGCACUACAACCCCGGAACCCGUAAAGAUGCAUUGCACGGUCUUCGGGAGCUAUUCACGGACCAUCCGGAGCUCCUCCCGCCCCAUUUAACCGCCCUCGUGAAUGCUUGUGUCCGCGUUAUUGCAGACGAUGACGCUAGUGUUCGCAAAACGUUGUUAAGCUUUCUAUCAUGGCUAUUAUCCCAGCCGCAACUAUCACGGGAGACCCUAGCUCCGCACACACCGCUCUUACUGCUGUUCACCACAUCCGCUCAGACGCACAUUUUUCCGGAUAUCAGGAUAGAUGCUGUCAAACUUCUCGACGUCCUCAUGGAGGCGGUUCCAGAAAUGGUGGUGGCAGGCUGGGAUGAUGGCGCGCGAAACUCCGCCCUCCUCAAUCAGGCGAUGAAGGGCAAAAGCAAGGACAAGAUAACGAUCAGCAGCUCCAGUGAUAGCGCGAGCCAUGGUAGCCGAGUGUUGGAAGGAUACCUCGGUAUUCUGAAUGGUGGCACAAAGUUUGGCGAGAGCAACGAGUCUGGCCCGCCACAAGCGACUUCGACUGCAAGCGUUGUGUUGUCCACUGUGUCGAAAGCGAUCAUCUUGAAAUCUCUCGCGAAGUUUUUGCAUAUUGCAAUCACGUCAUCUCACUCCACCGUGAAGACGGCUUCGCCGGAGUCCAAUACAAUCUCAACAUGGUACAUAGCUUCUGCCUUCGAUUCUCUGCACGAGUUCCAGGCAUUCGAUUCUUUGCUUCGUCCUUCUAUCGAGUCCCGGUCGAUUGGCCAUCCGCGGUUAUGCCAUUGGAAGACGGAAAUCAGUCCGGAAAAUGACGAGGACUGGAUGGAACAGUUUAACCUGGCGCUCGCUUCCCAUGUAUCUCAAUGCAGAUUGGCAGACCUAUCGAAUGUCGAUCUGCAGGAGGAGGUAGCUGGUGCCAAUCCUGGUGCAAGCGAGACUUGUGACCCUCGGUCGUCCUACCUGCAGCGUAUUGCCCAUUCACUACAACCCCUGCUGGUGGCCACGUUCCUCGAUUCUGCUCCCACGGUCUUUUCACCAAGUUCGGCCCCUUCUGAGACGGAACUGCAGCUCGUCCUCUCUGUGGCGCAGAUUGUGAGAAGCAUUCAUGGAGGCCUCCUGCGCGGAAGAUCACAGGCGCGUUGUCCUCAGUAUAGCGGUCUCAUUUCCACUCUCGAUAACCUUCGGACAUUGCUGGGGUAUUUUUCGCCAUACUUCCCCUUCGUUCCUAAUGGAAAUAAACGGGAUGUCAAGGCGUUCCAAGACCUGAAUCUGAUAUACUGCGAGCUUACAUCUCUGGUGAUCAUGGCUAGCCGGUCCCACUCGACAGCCGGACCAGCCGCGCGUAAAAAGGCGGGGCGUCAGGCUGGGCAGUCCCUUAUGAUAUCUGAAGUUCAGGUUGCUGCCGUCCGCGCGUAUAUCUUCCGACUUCUGCGAGGCGAGGGUAACUCGUCCGGUGUCGGUCGAUCAUUGUCAUCUGCGGCUUAUACGGUACUUCUUCCGACCAUCUGGUGCUUAAUGGACGCGGGGCGUGACACAGAGGACACAAACGAAGUCCUGCAGGUAGUUGUAGAACACGCUAUCCGCACCUCAAGCACUGCGCAGGUCAAGAGGUAUUCAGUGGAGUUCCUCGGUCGUCUCGUCCUGCUCAGCACGCAGCGAUCGUAUAGGGGCGGCGUGCAUGGUUUACACCACCCCAAAAUCGAGGAAUGGAUCUUGCAUUUGCCGAAGACCCUCUGGGAGCUCGGAACGAGUAACGGCGAAGCCACCGAGGCCAUACUACGCGUCUUGCUCCGUUUGAGCCAAAGGCGCACCGGCGCUGCCUUAGAAGAGAUGGCGUCGGCCUUGCGUUUACGUCUCGUCCCGUAUUUCUCUUUCGUUCAUCCCACAAAGGGGAGAUUACCAGGACCCUUUUGCCGGCUGCCGUCUAGCGCAUUGCGACGCCUUGCGUUGGAUCUGGUUGCGACGUUGACGCCUCGUGGGACAAGCGCUGACGACCUGCCGGCUGCCGUCGAUCUGGCGGUAGCAGGCUCAGGAGAACAGGAGUACUGGGCGAAUCUGCGCCCCCUAUAG